CCGGGGAAGCCGCACAGUGACAAACGCACACACACCUACACGGACACACACGGGCUGACAGCUUGUUCACUUGUAGUGCUUCAAACAUGGACCAAGACAACAACUCAGAGGAUGAGUUCAUCUGCCCAUCAGAAGACGAACUGCCGGGUAUACCUCCAGAGCUCUCUGAUGGUGAGGCAAUGGAGCUGCUCUGGCAGAUGCGAGCUCAGCGUCGCCAGUCGUCUCCUGAGCUCCCAGAGACUGUGACACGUCUCACUGCCCCCGACGGCAGCAUCCUGUACCUGGUGGGCACGGCACACUUCAGUGACAGCAGCAAACAGGACGUGGCAAUGAUGAUUCGCGCCGUGCAGCCGGACGUGGUUGUGGUGGAGCUGUGUCAGUACAGAGUGUCGAUGUUGAAGAUGGACGAGACUACACUGCUAAAGGAAGCCAAAGACAUCAACCUGGAUAAGGUUCAGCAGGCCAUCAAACAGAAUGGGGUGAUGUCUGGCCUGAUGCAGAUUCUCCUGCUCAAAGUUUCCGCUCACAUCACCCAGCAGCUGGGCAUGGCUCCUGGAGGAGAGUUCAGAGAGGCCUUCAAGGAGGCUGGACAGGUGCCCUUCUGUAAAUUUCACCUGGGGGACAGGCCGAUCCCUGUGACCUUCAAAAGGGCUAUUGCUGCCCUCAGUAUGUGGCAGAAGGCUCGUCUGGCCUGGGGUCUUUGCUUUCUGUCAGAUCCAAUCAGUAAAGAGGACGUAGAGAAGUGCAAACAGAAAGACCUGCUGGAGCAGACCAUGUCGGAGAUGAUCGGCGAGUUUCCUGCUCUCCAUCAGACCAUCGUGGCUGAAAGAGACAUCUACCUCACUCACACCCUCCGUCAGGCUACACGCUGUGUGGAGGCUCCCUCUAAUGACCAGAAAGUGCCUGCUGUGGUGGUGGGAGUCGUUGGGAUGGGCCAUGUUCCUGGCAUCGAAAAAAACUGGGAGAAGGAGCUUAACAUUAGUGAAAUUAUGAGUGUUGCGCCUCCCUCACGUUUUGGCUGGGUGUUGCGCACAGUCAUGAAGGGCGUCAUGAUGGGAAUGCUGGGAUAUGCCUGUUACCGUGCUGGAGGGAGUAUAGGGAGAACCCUACUGUCUCUACCCACUGUCCAAUCCGUUCUGGAGAUUCUACAGCCACCGCCUGCUUGACCGCUCCAAGCGCAUCAUUGACACGACCUCUGAUUUAUGAAAAAGAUGCAUCUUUCACCAGUGGCCUUAACAAAAGGAGGUGAGGCUGGAGGAAUAGAGUUCACCAGCCCACAAUAUGAACUAACGAGGACCUUAGGGGGGUUUAGAGCCUUCCCUCUUGUAUUGAUGUCCCUGUCAACACUGCAGGCCCGUACUGCCAAAGAAACCACGACAGUACUCUUUAUUUAAUUUAUUUUUUAUCAUAUUUCGUGCAAAUCCUGCAUUUUGUAUUGUUUACAAAGGCCAAAAAUUCCUUUUCAACAGAUUUCUAUUUACCCCACAAUUGGUCUGAAUGACUUACACACACAGAUAUGAUCUGUCAAGUACCGUCAGAAACAGCUUCAGUCCCCUGCCCUGAUAUGACGGUUCACUUUCUGAGUGGAACACUUUUCUAUCGCUCUCUCCUUACUCCUCUCUCCUUUAUUGUGCCAGCCAGGAUGUUUGGGAUAUUGGCACAUUUCAAGUUGAGCACUUUAGAAAAGACUGGUGGAGUCUUUUACUAGACGUGCAGCCUAUGGAAAGGACAAGAAAGCAAAAUAGCAAGAACUGGAAUAUAUAAAAUGGAGAAAUAUGAUUUAGGAAAGGUCUUUUUAAACCUUCCGUUUUAAUAGUUGGUGCAUAGAGUAACUCAAGGUUAAUGUCAGCAAGUGUCUGACUUGGAGGGUUUACUUUCAUUUCCUUAAUUGUUGAAUAUUCCACAAAACUCUCAGACAGGAUUAGCAUGAAAUGAUUCCUUUUGUGCAUGGCCCUGCCUACAUCAACAGACAAGUGCCUCAUACCGCAGCUGUAAGGGCUAAUGGUUAACUUCAUGGAAUGGCAAAAAUGUGUGUUAUGCAUCUCACAGAUUAGACAAGCAAAUGGUUGAUGCAACUUUGUUUGUAACAAUCUGUCCUUUUAUUGAUUUAAGAUAAAGUAGACAAACUUUAUAGAUACUGUCGCCCUUAAUACAGACAUCUGUCUACAUUUUGUCGUCUUAGUUUCAGCAAUUUCAGUUACCAUGGCUCCUACAUUUUAUAUUCUACAGAAACCUGAAGGAGGAGAAGCUUAAAUGUGCCUCAGAAUGAGAAAUUCAUCAAACAUUUUAUUUGUAUAUAUAAUUGUACUUCCAGUUUGCGGUACCAUCAUCUCUAUGCUUUUUCUAGUUGCACCUACUAGUACAGGUUUCAUACUUGACACAGAAAUAUGCAUCACAGGCAGAAAGCUUUGUCUGAAAACCGUCCCAUGAGGACAUCUGACAUCCAGCACACCAGCUGUUUGUAUUUGUAUGAUAUAUGCAUUAUCUCUUCCUGGAAUGAUUGUAAAAAGGGGAACAAGGAUUGGUUGAUCUAGCAGACGAUUCAAAAGUUAUAUUGAUUGUCAUGAUUUCCCAUUGAGGGAAAUUAUUUGUGGACUUGUUUUGACCACUAUGAAGAGAACUGAGAGUUGAGAGGUCAAGCCUUACACUGCUAUCACUGCUGCCUUUGACCCUGUUUUACCCAGUGACCUGUAUCCACAGUACAGAGUCUCUUAUUGCACAUAGAAAAAACUGGAUGGAUAACAUCCCUGGAACUUGUAAAUACAACAGUCUGAUUAAGACAAUAACACAGUUGCAAGGUUGUAUACCAACAUUGAUUUCCUUAGUUUUCAUGACAAUUUUUGUACAUUCCCUCAUCUAGAUGUAUUUACAAGAUUUGUGAUACGACCCAGUGAAUUUAUACAGGACUUGAGUAACUGAAGCAGUGCCGUUUCUUCUUACAUUAUUAGACCACUUGUAAACUACCCAAACAUUAAACUUAUUCAGAUAAUAUGUCUUCCAACUCAUGAAUUAGAUUAAUUCAUAUAUAAGCAUCGUGAGAAUGUGGAGGACAGAUGUCCCACUCAGCAGUACAAUGCAGUCCGAUUAAAACAUUGUCCCCCUGCCAUAGAACUCUGAAUGGUUUAAUAUAUACUGUAACUUUGAGAAUUGCCAAGAAAACUGUAUGAAUGCCUAUUAUUUGUUGCAAUGUUUGUUUCCCCAUAUCCUUGUAUUGUCCUUGUUGAGAACCCCAACAUUGAAUUCUGAAUAAUGUCAUGAACUAUGGAAGCCUUUUAAAUAAAGAUAUAACUAUAUUUGCCUCAAAAA